AUGUCUGACGCGCACGCUCCUCUGACCUGGGAGACCUCGACCCAUACUCAGCCCCAGCUGGCCACGUCUCUGCCGUCCGAAGUCGUCAACUGCCUGGAGAAUGCUCGCUAUGUCCAGCUGCAACCUCAUGUCGCCCUCAUGAACUACACCUACCUCGCCUCACAUCCCUUCGCCGACUCUUCAUCGCAAAUGCCUUCUGGUCCCGUAAUCAUCAUGACCUCGAACCCUGCCUCGCGCAAGACUGUCAACCUCACCGCAAACCCCAAUGUCUCGCUACUCGUUCACGACUGGGUCUCACAUAGACCUGCCACCAACAACAGAAACUCGUCGCCCGAAGGUCGCAGAGCUCCUGGUCGUAGCUCCCUGGCUUCGUUGCUCAUGGGCAUGAACACAACUCAGAUGGGUUCAAUCAGUGCCACCAUCAAUGGUGACGCUAUCGUGUUGCCAGUCGGAUCAGAGGAAGAGAAGUGGUGCAAGUUACAGCACCUGGAAAACAACACUUUUGAGAGGGAGGAGACAUCACAGAACGUCCUGACUCGUUCAACGAGUAAUCCCGAGGAUGAGGAGGCCAGCAAACAGUCCUUCUUGCAAGACGAGGACAUAAGAGUCGUCGUUGUCAGGAUAAAGGAGGGCAGAAUCGCUGACUGGAAGGGCGGUGUCAAGGACUGNGUGCUUGCUCCUGCCGAGGGCACAGGCAACCUCACCAAUGGUCUAUGA